AUGGCGAAGAACGGCGGCUCCGUCAAGGCACUGGCGGCCACGGGCGGGCGAGUCUUCUCUGCGCACCAGGAUGGUCGCGUCCGCGUCUGGCGCGUCUCUCGCCGCUCCCGCUCCGAGAAUGCCUUCAAGCUCAUCGCCGCGCUGCCCACCGCUAGGGACUACCUGGGCCGGGUGUUCCGCCAAGCCAGCUAUGUGCUGACGAUGGCGCGGCGCAGCCACCGUUGCCUCUGCAUCGAGCACGCCGACAGCAUCUCCUGCCUCGCCAUCGCCGCCACGGUGCACAAUGCCACGCUGCUCUACUCGGGCUCCUGGGACCGCACGCUCAAGGUCUGGCGCAUCGCUGACCUCAAGUGCCUCGAGUACAUCCGCGCCCACGACGACGCCGUCAACGCCGUCGCCGCCAGCGCCGGCAUCGUCUACUCCGGCUCCGCCGACGGCCGCGUCAAGGCGUGGGAGAAGGGCAAGGCGUCGCAUUUCUUCCAGGCCAUCCUCGUCGCCCGCGAUGGUGUGUCCUAG